AUGUCACAGAAUUGAUUCUUAUAUCUUUAUAAUUUAACCAAAUAACCUGAAAGAACAUUAGGAAAUGUACAAAAUCAGUUAAAUACGUUACAAAUUGGCUGCGGUGUGGCCACGCGAGCACAGGUUCUUUCCCCAUCUUGGUUCUAUGAACUACACCAAAAUAGUCUGUUCACAAUAUUGAAUUCCCCCAUUAACCAUAUCUUACCUAGUUUUUAACAUUUUACACCGAUUUUGCGCAUUUAGACGUUUUUCAAAAUGUUUUUUCCAGGUUUUGUGGUUCAAAUUAGAAUGUUCUAAGAUAGAUUUUUUGAUGACGUCAAACUGUGGUGACUUAUGUUGUUUGAAGGUGUAACUAUGAAGGUUUGUCUGAGCUUGUGUUGCCCACAAGAUGCUUUAACACUCUAAAUUAUUUUUUAAGUGAGUGUUAAUUGCGAGUCUGUAAAUACUUAAUCUAUUUGUUACUCGUGUAAUUAUAUCGAUCUUAUUACCCAGUUGUUUUUAUGUUUAUGACCAUUUCAUAGAUUUACGAGCUUUAGUCGAAAAGUUUGAUUUUCUUUUUCUGCCCUUUUUAAGCAAGGCAUUUGAGAUUGUACGCUUGAAACAAUAACUGGUUUUUUCUGCAUUCUGAUGAUCGCAUUGGGUGUAAAAGUCGAUCUAGCAAAUGAGCCUUCUGUUCUAAAAGUCACCACUCUGUCAGCUAUAAACUUCUGGCUUCAAAUUUCGCAUUAUGAUAGAGGAAGCGCGCAUGUCAAGAGGUUAAGAUGAGCAAAGACUAAUAUCAAGAUAAGUUUAAGAUUAAUAUUUGACUUGGUACCUGGUAAUAAAAAGGACCAACAGGGUACCUUAAACAACUGCUUUUUUAAAUAUUUUACCGUUACAUUUUAAAUCUGAUUUCAAAUGAAAGAUGCUGAAUUUUUUGUUUUGAAAGUGAUAGACAUUGCUAUGUAAUGUUACGUCAAGUUAAUACUUUAUAGAAAAUCAGAAAUUUCCCUGUGUUUGAAUUCAGCUGUUGCAUUCUAAAGACAAAAAAGAUGGGAUACGCCUAGGAAAAUUUCCCCUGAUUCUUGUUUUUCAAAAGGUUUCAAAGGCUAUAACAUCAAAGCUCCUUCGCACUUUUCAAAACAGUAUGGAGGUAACGUGACAACAAAAUGGCGACCAAAACAACUGGAGUUGGGGGAUACAGCAAGGCUGUAAAAUACGACCUUGGAACGUUUGUAACGUCUGUUAAUCGACUAAAAAAGCAAGGAAAGCCUUUCACAACGGCUUUUGAUUCCAUUGUGUCCAUAUUCAGUUGGAAGUAUCCCAUUGUAACAACUCUCCUGUUGCCAGCAGCAAUCAUAAUGAUACUUUUCUGGCCUGAAUAUUUAUUGGGUAUGUGUUUGGUUCAAAUUCCAAUACUGAUGCUGAUUACAUUGGUCAAAGGAAUUACAAACAGUGGAACAGUUGUAACAAAUCAUCAUCAUUAUUUUGUGAGAAAAGAUGAAUCCCCUGACCUGAUUGCAAAGAGAGAUGCUAUGUUAAAAGCCCAAGCACAUUUGGAUAUGUAUAUAGAUAUAUUAAUUGAAGUUCAAGAUUUUUGCAACAUCAUAAGCAGUAAAUGUGAAUUUAUACACAGCUUAAUCUACUGGAAGGCAUGGAAAGAAGCCCUACUGUUUUAUGUCACCACUGUUGGUAUCAUAGUUGGAAUUUUCACUGUCAAAACAAGAUAUCUGGUAGCUGUUGUAGUUUUUAGCCUUUCUGUAUUCAAUUCUGGCUUCAAAAGUGUUGUCACAGAAUUCUUGAGCUAUUUUCACAAGAUACCAUCACGCUUGGAACACCGAAAGCCAGAAACCAUGUCUUAUGGUUUUGAUGAUGAGGUUGUUAUGGAAUUAGAACAGAAGCAUUAUAAUUUGCAGGCAAAAGAAUCGUUCCACGCUCUGGAAGAUGACCUUGAAUCAAGCUCUUCAACUGACUCGGAAGAUUUAGCCAUUAAGCCAGAAGUAAAGUCUGUUGUCAAUAUGAAUUUUGUGCAAAAUCAAGAAAGGCAUAGAGAGAAAUCAGGAUUAUCGAUUGUAUCAAAAUUUGCGUCAAGCACCUUAGCAUCGUUUACACGCCGUCGGCAAAGGCAAGGAAAUUGUUCCUCUUGCAGUGUACAAUUUUCAACGAUCUUAAAAAAAAGAACCUACUGCAGACAUUGUGGGUAUAGCUAUUGUUCAAAAUGCUGUAACCAACGAGUUCCUCGAGUCGUAUUUGGAGCAACAGCACCGGCUGCUUAUGAAGAGAGGGUACUAGUGUGCAAAUCUUGUUAUGCCUUUCUGAUGAAUCGAAUGAGAGGAACUAACACUGAGAUUGUGGAAUGAAUACUGUCACUGUAGCGUCUCGCCAUUAGUAAAUUGUCAUGAUAUGCAGGACAGCAAUUUAUCCUGCUUUGUAGAUAUUGAUCAAUGUGCUGGCUGUAUAUGUUAAUACUUAUAAUACAAACAGCUUUGUAUGUAGCACUUAGUCCCAGCAGCCCAAACGGUUGCCUUUUCAAAAGCCCACGGUUUCGCAAUAUUUUUUCGUUUCUUAGUCAGUGUAAUUGAAGUAAGCUGCAUUUAUGAAUCCUACAGUCAACGACGCUCUUUUACAGCGUCAAUAUUCUUUGAAGAAAUGAUGAAGCCACACAUUAAUUCCACACCUUUAGUUUCACUUCUUUAAAGCCACACCCUUAAGCAACACCCUUCUACCGUAUGGGUACUUUGACAAUUUUGUAGAAUGAUAUGAAUAUGUUUUGCCACGGUGUUUUUGGUACAAGCAUCUUCUUGUAUUUAAUCUUAUGCUAGUUAAAAAUCCUUUAAUAUGUAAAUAAAUCGAAAUGCUCUGUUUAAUCAUUCUAGCAUUUCGUUUAAUAAUACCUAAUAUGAUCGUAAAGAUAUUUAUUUAUAAAUGGGAAAAUUAUAUUUUAUUUGGUUUUUAAUAAUAUUGAAUGCUUGAUAUCAGCAAUAAUUUUUGUAUCUUAAAAGCAAUAAAUUUUUUAGCUUAAUUGCAACGUAUAAUAGAAUUUUACUUUGUUUAUGUUUGAAACAUUCGCUAAGAUUUUUAGCUUGGAUUAUAAUGUUUAAGCUUCUAACUGUUAAAUGGUUUUGUUGCAGUAAA